CAAAAAAGUUUCCCGGGCACAAGAAUCCCGCCAACUACGCAGGCAAGUGCUACCCCCACUACCCGAACGUGCACCUGAAACUGCCUGUCAUAAAGCUCGUAUUCUUUGUUGACUACUGGGGGAAGCCAAACACGUAUGCUCUUUUCUUUGCUGGCCACCUAAAGCUCUUUUUCGUUAUAGACCACUGGGGAAACUAAUCACAAUAAACUUAGUCCAUAUUUCUCCUUUCAGAAUGGCCACCUCAGCUUACGAAGCCUCCUACAAAAAGUACUUUGGAGAUAGAUUUGAUAAAAUCACCAAAAACUCUUCAGAUGAAGAAGUUCGCAAUCUUUAUGAUCAGUGGGCGGCCGAUUAUGACAAGGUAUCAAUAAUAAUAGCUUGUUAAAUCAGGUUGGCUUGUUUUCUAGGGCGUCAAACGAGAGCCUAGUCUCCCUCGCAGCCGUUUUUUGGAUGUCACGCAACGCUCCCAUCCAAUAAACGGCUGCGAGGGAGACUAACGAGAGCCUUGCACGUCCCGUGUUUAUGCAACUUCCUCGAAGCAUUCCCUUUAACAAUAAUUCAAGUUAUCUAUAUAGAGUGUACUUUAAUGUCACAACCAAUCUCUUUCUAGAUUUCCAAUAAGAUUCGUCUAUAUUCACCUUCCCCUACAUGUAGGCGGAAAACGACGAAAAAAAAAACAUACCCCUCGUAUUGUGCCCUCUCUGGCAUGGUUGUCGUGCCGGAACAAAAGCAAGAGAUUAUUCGCUCUUGGUAAAAGCUAUCAGUUAUAGCGUGAAGAUUACCUUAGAUAACACAAACUUGAAUGUUCAUUCAACUAAUGAUGGAAGUUUUCUUCUUUUAAUGGUAUGCCCGUGCAGGAAAAUGCUGCCGCUGGCGGGUGCUUCAAUAGGCCAGUCGCUGAAUGCUUGGACUCCGCCGUGCAUCAAGUCUUUCCCAGCGCACCGAAAAAUCAGCUGAAAAUCCUCGAUGCUGGAGCUGGGACAGGGCUGACAGGGUUCGAACUUCAUAAACUCGGCUACACUAAUAUUGACGCUCUAGAUAUCUCGCAAGAGAUGCUGAAGGUAGCUAAGGAGAAAGGCGUGUACAGGAGAUAUGUCUGCUGUUCUCUGACGGAAAAGAAGAUUGAUGAGUUUGAAACAGGCGAAUUUGAUGCUCUGAUUGCCACUGGUGUCCUAGUGAAAGCUCAUGUUCGUCCAGCGGCUUUUGUAGAAAUGAUUAGGAUGGUGAAGGCAGGUGAGUCUUGAUCCAGAACCACCCACCGGCGAUCAAUAAACAGUUGUCCUUUGCUAACGGAAGAAAUGAACACUGCAGAUUAUUUUCGAUUGGUUUUGUCUAUGUCUUAGUCUGAAUAUUUGUUCACCAGUAGAAUCCGUGGAGAGAGAGAGUGAAUAGAGAGGUUAAGCAUCGCUUUUACGUCAAACGGCAAACGUGAAUCUGUAUCACGUGACCAAGUUUCCCCUUCACUUGUCGUUUACUGUUCAUUAUUUCUACAAAAUAAAUUAGAAAUUUCACGCAAUUUUUCAUCCAUAGGAAUUGUUUUUAACUGUUUCUACCUGUUCAUUUUCAUUCCAUUUUGAGAAAUUCUCAACUUGAAUCUGACUUUUGCCGUUUGCCGUAUUGCCGUAUAGGUGAAGCUUAAACCCUCUAUUGUUGACAUGCGCUGGAACGCUAGCUACCUACCUAAUUCUCCUUACGUGAUUGUAGUUCAGCGAGUAGAAAAUAUUCUAUCAGACAUUUACACCUUUUAAUCCGUUUUAGAGGCUACUAACAAAAAGGUUAACUUUUUGAAAAACUCUCAUCUCAGGAUCUCAGGUGUAAUUCUAGCUAGCCUGUUGACAAGCUCUGUGGACAGCAGCAGUUUUUUUGGAGAGUGCGCGCGUGAAGGAGCGGGGAAUAGAGAAAAGACGCGAGGGAGCUUAAGAAAAGACGUUUUUGAGCUAUGAAAGUCAACCGGAACUGGAUGUUUUUCCUUGGACAAUGGCUUUGCCCAAAUUUUCGGGCAAGUCGUGCGAAAGAGUAAAGACUACACCUAGUUAUACAACGCUGGGGGUGUCAAGGCGAAAAGGCCUAACUUCCGGUUUGGGUGCGUCGCUCAAGAAAACGUUUGCAGAAGCUCCCCAAUCGCGGCUUCUACGCUCGUCCACGCUCGUGCUGCCCCAAGAACUGCCAACUACGCAGGCUAUAUUGCCCGUCUUUCUAAUUUAAAUAUGCCCCUACUAUGAGCUAAGUUGCAAAAUAUAAAAUACAAAUUGCUUCUUUAUACCAAGUCUAACGUUAUUUUUAUCGUUGAUAGGUGGACUCAUCUGCUUUACCCUUCGGUUCAGUGAGGUAGAUGACUACCAACCGAAGAUGACGGAGCUAGAGGAAGCUAGAAUAUGGGAAAAACUCUGCCACAAGAAGAUCCCUCAUUUUGACAAACCUGACAUGCCCAGUCACCUCUUCGGCUUCGUGUAUAAAGUUUUAAAGAAAUGAACUUUAAAUAGAUGAAGUAUAAUCAACUGAGUUGAUACUGAGCUUUAACAAUUAAGGUUUUAUUUAAGGGCUACUAACGUGAGUAAUCACAAAAUUCUAAAGUUGUUCCUCUUACGCCACGUUGCUUCGGUACAGAUUACAUUAUCCUUCCUUGGCACAACGUAACUCAUGUACAUUGACUUGUGUGACUUCUCAAUUAUCACAGCAGCUGUGGCUAUA